AUGGAUAUUUUGGAACUCAUCGAUGAUCGCGAGCAACUUGUUGCCGAGACCAGCAACAGACCAUUCAAAUGCCCAGAACCCAGUUGCCACAAGAGUUUCAAUCGCAAGUCAGAUCUGCAGCGUCAUCACAGGAUUCACACAAACGAGCGACCAUACUCAUGUACUCAUCCCAAUUGUGGAAAGUCAUUCAUUCAGCGCAGUGCCUUGACAGUACACAUCCGAACCCACACCGGCGAGAAACCCCAUCAAUGUGAAUAUAUUGGAUGCGGAAAGUGCUUCUCAGAUUCCUCAAGUUUGGCAAGGCAUAGGCGUAUUCACACUGGCAAGAGACCUUAUAGCUGCCCCAUCGACAAGUGUGGAAAGAGCUUCUGCAGGAAAACAACAUUGACUAAGCACGCCCGGAGAACGCAUCAGAUUCGCACAGAAAACGAUGUUACUGAUGAUGAUGGUGAGGAGACUGAAGAUGAUGCCCCUUCACCAAAGGCGAUGAGCAAGCCAAGAGCACCGGCAAAGAGGACAAACAAGAUGGGAAGCAAGAAGAACAUCACAACUGCUCCAAACCGGCCAUCGAUGCUGCGAACAACCAUUCAAUUCCAGGAACCACCAACACCGCAUAGCCCUCAGUCGAUAUCUCACUCUGGACACUCUAGCAGGAAUGCCAGCUUUUCCGCUGCCGACUCAUAUGGAAGCCACAUGCCACUGAUCAUGCCCCCCUCACUACACCACCAGCACCAGCCCCCGACACCGCAGAGCCCCUACUACCCUGAUGAGGAUGUCACAGAUAGCAGGGCUAUUUCACCAACAACAAUUAUUCACCGUGAGGAUGAGUACAACACAACACCAACAGGAUCAAUGCACUCAAGCCCGACUUACAAUGGCCUGCGAAUUGUUUGCACAACCCCGUCAGCUCACCAACUUUUAGCAGCGGCGCAGAUUCAGAGCAGCCCCGGAAGUCUAUCAUCUUGCUCUUCAGCCACAACAAAUAGCUGCCAGUCAGAUUACUUCUACAGGCAGCCAACAAGUGCUGGGAGCGGACAUUACCCAAUUUCCCCUGGCGCUGUUCCUCCUUACCCGAACCAGAUGCCAUAUCACUCUGCCGCUCCUCAGCAUCCGGCAAUCAUGACAUAUGCAACUAACGGGGGAAUGCUUUCACCGCACCACCACCAGGUACCUGUCCAGCACCACGCGCAGCAGCAGGUAUGGGACUACUACCCACCUCAGCAGCACCUUCUUCAGGCCCAGCCACAGCCUCAGCAGCACCGGAUGUACUACCCAGGAGUUCCUCCUCAGGAUAUGGGAUACAUCAAGUCGGAACCCGAGCAGAACAUGCUCCCUACACCAAGGGGAUCAUUCUGUUAG